AUGGGAAAUAUUUUAAAAAAUUAAAAAGAAAUAUCAAGAAAUUUGGAUUAAAGUAAUUUACUUUUAUUAUGAAUUUAAGUCAUUUAAAGUUAAGUGUAAGAUACCCCAAAUAUUUUGAUUAAAUAAUCGAAAUCAGGAAAUGUAGAUAUCAUAAAGUUGAAUUUACAAUUAAUUAAUGCAGAAAUAAUUUAUGACUCUGUUGAUAAAAUUUAGCUAGACUUAACUUUCAGUAGCUAUGUCAAUUUCUAAGUCAUUUUUUAUACAUUUGUUACAGAAACUAAAGGAGCAAAAUAACAAAAGUUUAAAAUUUGAAAUUAUGAGUUUUUAGAUAUGAAAAAAGCAUGCCAUAGAGUAUAACCCAAUCAUUUAAAUGCCCAUAAGGAUUGAAUUACUAAUUUCCCUCAAAAUAUAUAGAGUUCAUGAUUAUUGACCUUCUUAGAUUUUAAAAAAUUAGAGUCAAUCCAGAUGCAUAAUAUCACACUUUAAUAAUAGAAAUGGUAAGUUUAUAUAUAUGAAUAUACAGAGAGGCCUAAAUACAAAAAGCUUCCAGAUAAUUUACUUUUAUAGAAUUGAUUGUAAUGAAUAAACUUAUCAAUGCGAAUUGAUAAAUACUAAAUAAAUAGUAAUAAAUAAAAAUCGAUUUUUUGAAAUACAUGAACUUUAUGGUGUUAAGAAUACUCCAUUCAAUCCUGAAUGGAACCCAAACACCAUAGAAGACAAAGAAUGUGUAAUUUGUUUUUAUAAUAUGAUUAACACUGUACUCUUACCUUGUAGACAUAUGUGUACAUGUUCUACCUGUGCUGAUCAUAUUUUAAUGAGUUAAAAAGUUAAAUAAUGUCCUCUAUGCAGAAUUGAAAUUGAUAAUUACUUAACUUUAGAAAUUAAGGAUAAGUAAAAAUAGGAUAAGUAAAUACGUUAAUUUUAAGAAGAAUAGUAAAAAUAUUUAGAAUCUAUUAAAGAAUAGAAAGAAUAAUAAGCAAUAAAGUAAAGUUCAAUUAUGGAAUAAAUAAAAUCUAGACUUUAAGAAGAGUAGUAGAAAUAGCAGUAAGCAAAGAUAAAGAAAAUGAAAUAUUAUGAUGAUGUUGAUGAUUUUAAUAGAGAUAAUGAAUAAGAUGAAGAUAUCUAUGGGAAUCAAAGUUUUUGUUCAUAUGAUCAAAACUAAAGUGACCCUGACAAUAAUCAAUUUGAUAAUUCUGUCAAAAAUAAAAUAUAGUAAUAAGAUGAAGAUGAAAUUAAUUAUAAAUCAUCAAAUCAUUUUGAUGAUGAUAGAAUUAAAAGUACUACUCAUCAAAGAAGCCCUUAUGAUAGAGGAUUCUUAAGUAGCUAUUAAUAAUAAUAGGAAAUCAAAGAUUCUAGAUUGAAUCCUAAUAGAUUAAGUAUUUCAGUCUAGGAUGAAUUAUCAUAAGAUUAACAUCAUCCUCAACAAUAUUAAUAGAUUUCUUCAGAACUCUUAAAUAAAGAUGAUUAAUCUAAUUUAAAUUCUCAAUAAAAUUCUAGAAAUUAGGAUGAAUCUUCUUAAUAGCAACUUAUGUAAAUUAUUUGCUAAGAUGAAAUUUAAAUGCAAAUAACGAAGGAUUAAAAAAAGGAGAGUUUAAAUAACUCAUUAUAAUUUUAAUAGAAUUAAAAUUAAGAUGAUUAAAAUAAAUAAAGUUCUAAUACAUAAUUAAUUAAUUUUUUAGAUGAUGGUUUGGAAUUGAAAGAAGUUUCAAAGCAAUAAAACUCAGCAAAAUCUAAUUCUGAAUAAAUCUUCUAAUAGUAAAUUUUAAAAAGCCCAUUUUAAAACUAAUAACAAUAAUCUACAAACUCUAAAUAAUAAUCUUUUUAAUAUAACUAUGGUUUAGUAGAACAAGAUUUCUAAGAUGAUAUGAAUUAAUUUAAAUAAGUAGCAUCAAAUAUUCUUUAGUUGAAUAGUUAUUAAUUAAAGACAAAUUAAUCUCAACAUUCUGAUAAAUCUAAUGAAAGGUCAGACAAUAAUUGUUGUGUUUCUGUUAGAAAUUCUGAGAAUGAAUAAAAAAAUGAUCAAAUAUUUGAUCUUUGGGAUGCUAAGGAACAAAGUCUUGACCAUUAAAAUGUUAUGUAGAAGUCAGCAUCAUUAAUUGAUUUGUAAGAGCAAGAAAAUGAGAAUUAAGAUCCUUCUCAUUCAAAAUAAAUGAAGAGUAAUUAAAUAUCAUUGAUAGAUUUUGAUUGA